UCACUUCCCCCUUUGCCGUGCUAGCACGUAAAGCAUCUUCGUCACCCAGUUCGCAUUCCUAAUCAGAACUCCUGUUAGGCAUUGUCGACUAUAAAGACGAGAAAUAUUUCAUCUGUGCCCCUUGUUGUCUGGCAAGUGAACGAAAUGCCCGAACAAAUCACUCUUUACACUGGAAAAGCUUGUCCUGCCGGGCAGCGUGUUGAGAUUGCACUCGUAGAGGCAGGCGCGGAGUUCACAAGAUAUGAAAUUGACCUGCAGGACAAGCCGGAUUGGUUCACCCUAAAGAUCAACCCUGUAGGAAAGAUCCCAGCCAUUUCGUACGGCGGCCCAAAAGUGCCUCCGGAUCAGCCAUCCCCCGAGUCCGUCAAGCUUGCAGAGUCGCUCGUUCUGCUCGAAUUCGUCGCCGACCUCUUCCCAGAAUCAAAACUUCUCCCAAAGGAUCCUGUCCUGCGUGCGCGUGCACGCUUCUUUAUAGAUGCCGUGAACACUAAAUUCCUAGAUGGGUUCGUUGCCUUCAUCAUCAAGGGUGAAAACGUAGACACAUUGUAUUCUGGUGCUGAGACGAUCCAGGCGUUGCUUCCCGAUGACAAGAAGUUUGCGGUAUCCGAUGAUUUCACAAAUGCGGAUGCUGCCAUUGCCCCGCUCUUCAUUCGUGUUAUUGUGGUAUUGAAGAACGAUCUUGGAAAGGCGGCACCUGGUGAAGGGAAGAAAGCAUUUGAAGUAUUCAAUAGUCCGCGAUUCAGUAAACUCAUGGACUACUUCAAACGUAUUGAAGCACAUGAGAGCGUCAAGUCGACAUUCGACGAGGAAUACAACACAAAAUCCUUCGAGAAAUACUUCGGCAGGACCAAGGCUCCAUGAAAAGCUGCAUCAAAGUAAAGCUACAUUAUGGUAGUCCAUGAGCGAGACGGUAUCCUGCCUCUGCGCCAUAGUCAAAUAUUACAUAACAAAUACUAUAUGUUUUGACGUUU